ACCAUGGAGAAGCUGUUCGUCUGCUUCCUCUUGCUCAACGUGCCUGUGUCUGCUAUGUUGUGUCCAAAGAGAUGCACGUGCCAGAACCUGCUGCCUUCCUACACUGUCCUCUGUGCAAAGACGGGACUCCUGUUUGUGCCACCCAACAUCGACAGGAGAACAGCAGAGCUUAGACUCAUGGACAACUUCAUCACCACACUGAGAAAGAAGGACUUUGCCAACAUGACCAGCCUCAUUCACUUGACUCUGUCACGGAACACCAUCAGCCAUAUCACACCCUUUGCGUUUGUGGAUCUCCAUGACUUGCAUGCUCUACACCUGGACAGCAACCGGUUGACCCUGGUCAACAACGAGCACUUUCAGGGCUUGAUUAAUCUUCGCCAUUUGAUCCUCAGCAAUAACCAGCUGCAGUCUAUUACUGAAGGGUCCUUUGAGGACUUCUUGGAAACUCUAGAGGAUCUGGACCUAUCCUACAACAAUCUGAAAGAAAUCCCUUGGGAUACUAUCACUAGACUGGUCAGUGUUAACACCCUCAGCUUGGACCACAACCUCAUUGAGUUCGUCCCUGAAGGGAUCUUCUCCAACCUUCACAAGCUCGCCCGACUGGAUAUGACCUCCAACAAGCUCAAGAAGAUCCCUCCGGACCCUCUGUUCCUGAGGAUCCCUGUGUAUGCAAAAAUGAAAGGGUCUCCCUUGACCUCCCUGGUCCUCAGCUUUGGUGGCAACCCUUUACACUGUAACUGUGAGCUGGUUUGGCUCAGGAGACUAACAAGGGAGGACGAUCUCGAGACAUGUGCCUCUCCACGGGAGCUCAUGGGCAAAUACUUCUGGACCAUCAAGGAAGAAGAGUUCAUCUGCGAACCACCAAUGAUCACCAGGCAUACCUCCAAAAUGUUCGUCAUGGAAGGGCAAGAGGUAAGUCUCAGGUGCAAAGCCAUCGGGGACCCCGAACCAUCCAUUCACUGGAUCUCCCCAGAAGGGAAAGUCAUCGCCAACACAUCUCGGACAAUAUCCUACGAGAACGGGAGCUUAGACAUUCUCACUACCACCAUCAAAGACUCUGGGAUGUUCACCUGCAUCUCCUCCAACGCUGCAGGGGAGUCCACCGCCCCAGUAGAACUCAUUGUUAACCCUUUCCCUCACCUCACGAACCGAACAAGCCAUAUGAAGGAGUCAGAGCCAGGACCCUCGGAUAUCCUGACCUCAGUCAAGUCUGCCAAUGAAACCAGCAGAAAAAAGAACAAGCGAGUCAUGGCUACUGAACUGACGUCCUCGUCCGUCAUGAUUAAAUGGACGCCCCAGAAUCACAUUCCUGGGAUUCGGAUGUACCAGAUCCAGUACAACAGCUCGUCCGAUGAUAUCCUGAUUUACAGGAUGAUUCCCUUCUCCAGCAAGUCCUUCCUCUUGAGUGACCUGGCCUCCUCGAGGGAGUAUGACCUGUGCGUGCUGGCAGUGUACGACGAUGGAAUCACCUCCCUGACGGCCACCAAGCUCCUCGACUGUGUCCACUUCGUCACGGACAAGGAGUACAAGCAGUGCCGCUCCAUCCACGACCAGUUCCUGGGAGGAACCAUGAUCAUCAUCAUUGGGGGGAUCAUUGUGGCCUCUGUGCUGGUAUUCAUCUUUAUCCUGCUCAUGAAAUACAAGAUCUACAACAACCAAUACAAGCAGAAGCAGGCCAAAGUCAGCAAUGUCUGCUCCCAGACCAACGGGAGCCAAGCCGGGACCUCCUCCAGCUCCCCCAUGAAAUCGGUGGAGAAAUACGAGAUUCACUGUCAGGAGGGAUAUGGGGCUACCAUCAAAGGGACAACAAUAGUGGAUUUGAACCCUGAUUGCAGGAAAAUGACCACUGAGGAUGAUACCAUAUCACAAUAGCACAGGGUGACUUUUUGCACAGAGCUCUACGACUGCCUUAUGAAGGAUUAUCAGGUGUCCAAGGUGAGGCUUUUGCUUUAUAUUAGAUGUGGGUUACAAAUUCUGGUUUUUGUUAGAUCAAUAGGUAUUCAGCUGUUACUCCAUUCAAGUGCAACCAACCACUAACUACUCUCUUGUACAAGCUUACUGUGGUUAAAUGUUUACCAUAUUUGUCUUUCCAACCAAAUAUGUCAUAUUUGUCUUUCCAACCUCAUCUCUCCAACCAAACCUGAGUUGCCGCAGCAACUCUACCUAUGCCAAACUCACCUCCGUCAAACCGAUUCAACAUUUACCAUGGUGACUGCUGGCAGGUGGAUUAUAUUCUGAUAUGUGUUGGUGGCACCAUCCAAUGGUACCAGAUCUUAAACUGAAAGAGAGGGACAGCAUUUCUAGACCCAAUGUACUGCAUUUGAUUUACAAUAGUUUCCACAUAUGCUUGAAGUUCUCAUCUGCUUCUGCAUGAGGGUUCUGUUCCUUAUUGCUGGUUUCAGUAGCUGCAUGACCACCUUAGCCUCACCAUGUUUUAACACAAUCUUCAGGUUUGAACAAUGCCAGCGGCGGGCUGACUAAUCUGAUGAACAGGAGCGACUAAAGUAUUGUUAAGAGUGCUAGUUUUUUGCUGUUUUUGCAGGUGUAAAAAAAAACUAGUAAUUUUUCUGACUCCUAGACAUCCUAAAAUAUUUCGUUACACAACGCUUUUGUCAUUCAAGCCAUGAAACAGAAAAGUGCUUUUUUAAUGUACAUGUUAUGAUCAUAGAAACCCAGGGCAUAUAAUCACAAACCAACUUAUUUUAUAAGGGCUUAAUAUGUAACAGGAAAGAACCGCGUACAAUAUUAACAAUACAAAACAUUUUCAAACUCCGCACCACAUCCAUUACACAGUUUCAAUAUUUUAUUUUUAUUACACUGAUUUUCCCCACAGGAUUUCUUUCUUUCUUUCUCUUUCUUUAAUAUUUAGAACAUGGCAGUUUCACAAUUUUACAUUUCCAAAUAUAAAUUAAUCUUUGGGGAUUUUUCUGACGCGGUCCGCUCCAUCCAAUAAAUCCAUGGAGUUUGAAAAGGUUUGAAUGUAAUCUUUCUUAAAAGGAUCUUCAGGGAGAGCUCCACACAUGUCAGGGAUUACUGUUAAUCAUUACAGCUCCCAGUUCCACUAGGAACUUAUGUAACCUGGUAAUUCAUUUUAAAUUACAUUGUGCUAUAUUUUCUAAACUGCAUCCAGUACAAGAAACCGUGACAGGAUUGUGAUAUGAGGUUUUGAAUAUUUUAAAAAGCAGAUGUUACAACAAGUAAGAUUUUUACUGGCACUAAAGGCAGAUGCACAAAAUCAUUUCUUAACAUAAUCACCUGUUUCACUUUCUCUAAACUUCAAUGAAACAUAACUAUUUCUCUCUCUUCAGCCCUCAUGUUAAACUACUGGCAGCAGUCUUUUGGGGGCUUCUUACUGGCAAUAGAAUUUGCACUGGUAAUAGGAAAUCCUAACAAAACUGCUGCUAGUUGAUUUUCUACUGGUAAUAACCACUUCAAUGUUUUUAAUAUGUUUUACUGCAAAAUUAGGGCAAUAGCCACAGCUUUGUCUUUAUUAAGCUGUAGCACGGAAGCACUCAGAUAAUCAGUCAACUCAAACAUGCUUCUCCACUCUGGAAUCCCCCAGCACACAUUCUGACAGCCCUAACAGACACACAGUGGUGCAAAGCCCCCAUGCCCUCGCCAAUCAGCAGCCGCACAGGUCCUGCUGCCCCCUGGCUCCAUCCCGUGCAACUCCGGUGCCUCACGUAUAUAAGCGCAAGGGCUGUUCUUGCGAUACU